ACAGAAUCUGUCUAUGAUCUUCUCCCAAAGGAGUUACAGUUACCUCCAUCUAGUGAAACAUCUGUAGCAUCAAUGAGUCAGACAAGCGGUGGUGAGGCAGGCUCGCCUCCUCCAGCUGUAGUUGCUGCUGCUUCGCCAUUCAGAGACAGGCAUCGUGUGGUGGGUUGUGUGACAGUGUCUGUCAAUAGUGAAGACAAAUAGUGCCAGAGACACUUAACCCAUCCAAUCUCACCCAGGGUAUAGGAUUUGCCUCUGAAGCAGGGAGUGUCUGCAUUAAAAAUGACCUGUAGUUCUCUGCUUCAUAGAUGCUUCUUCAGCUCCCUCCUCUUCCUCCAUGGGCGGUGCUUGCAGCUCCUUUACCACCUCUUCCAGCCCUACCAUUUAUUCUACCUCAGUCACCGACAGCAAGGCUAUGCAAGUGGAGAGCUGCUCCUCAGCCGUGGGGGUAAGUAACAGAGGGGUAAGUGAAAAGCAGUUAACCAGUAACACAGUUCAGCAGCAUCCAUCAACCCCGAAGAGGCACACAGUUUUGUACAUCUCACCACCACCCGAGGACUUGCUGGAUAACAGUCGGAUGUCCUGCCAGGAUGAGGGGUGUGGAUUGGAAUCUGAGCAGAGCUGCAGUAUGUGGAUGGAGGAUUCCCCCUCCAACUUCAGUAACAUGAGCACCAGUUCCUACAAUGAUAACACUGAGGUACCUCGUAAAUCACGAAAACGAAAUCCAAAGCAGAGGCCGGGGGUCAAACGACGAGAUUGUGAAGAAUCUAAUAUGGAUAUAUUUGAUGCCGACAGUGCCAAAGCACCUCACUAUGUGCUUUCUCAGCUUACCACGGACAACAAAGGCAACUCAAAAGCUGGAAAUGGAACAUUGGACAACCAAAAAGGAACUGGAGUAAAGAAGAGCCCUAUGUUGUGUGGACAGUAUCCAGUUAAAAGUGAGGGAAAGGAGCUGAAGAUAGUUGUACAACCUGAGACCCAGCACCGAGCUCGGUACCUGACUGAGGGAAGUCGUGGCUCAGUAAAAGAUAGAACACAGCAAGGCUUUCCUACAGUAAAGCUGGAAGGCCAUAAUGAACCAGUAGUGUUGCAGGUAUUUGUGGGCAAUGACUCUGGCCGAGUGAAACCACAUGGAUUUUAUCAGGCCUGCAGGGUAACUGGACGAAAUACAACUCCCUGCAAAGAAGUGGACAUUGAAGGCACCACUGUUAUAGAAGUUGGCCUUGAUCCUAGCAACAACAUGACACUUGCUGUGGACUGUGUAGGAAUUUUGAAGUUGAGGAAUGCUGAUGUUGAAGCCAGAAUAGGAAUUGCUGGUUCCAAGAAAAAAAGCACUCGUGCCAGAUUGGUUUUUCGAGUUAAUAUCACAAGGAAAGAUGGCUCUACUUUGACAUUGCAAACACCCUCUUCUCCGAUUUUGUGUACUCAACCAGCAGGAGUGCCAGAGAUCUUAAAAAAAAGCUUACAUAGCUGUUCAGUGAAAGGAGAGGAAGAAGUGUUUUUAAUUGGCAAGAACUUUCUGAAAGGAACUAAAGUUAUUUUCCAAGAAAAUGUUUCUGAUGAAAACUCUUGGAAAUCAGAAGCUGAAAUCGACAUGGAAUUGUUUCAUCAGAACCAUCUUAUUGUGAAGGUUCCCCCAUAUCAUGACCAACAUAUAACUUUGCCUGUAUCGGUGGGGAUAUAUGUAGUGACCAAUGCUGGAAGAUCCCAUGAUGUUCAGCCAUUCACCUACACUCCAGAUCCAGCAGCUGGUGCUUUGAAUGUAAAUGUGAAGAAAGAAAUAUCUAGUCCAGCAAGACCUUGCUCUUUUGAAGAGGCCAUGAAAGCAAUGAAAACUACUGGAUGUAACUUAGAUAAGGUAAAUAUUCUUCCCAAUGCCCUCAUCACUCCACUCAUUUCGAGCAGUAUGAUUAAGAGUGAAGAUGUUACUCCAAUGGAAGUAACAGCAGAAAAAAGAUCUUCCCCUAUUUUUAAGACUACAAAGACAGUUGGAUCAACUCAGCAAACUUUAGAAAACAUCUCUAACAUAGCAGGAAAUGGGUCCUUUUCAUCACCAUCAUCUUCUCACUUACCCUCUGAAAAUGAAAAGCAGCAGCUUCAACCCAAGGCAUACAACCCAGAGAGCCUGACAACUAUCCAAACACAGGAUAUCUCACAGCCUGGGACCUUUCCAGCAGUUUCUGCAACUAGUCAGUUGCCCAGCAGUGAUGCACUACUACAGCAGGCUACGCAAUUUCAAACAAGAGAAACUCAGUCUAGAGAAGUAUUACAGUCAGAUGGUACAGUAGUUAAUUUGUCACAACUCACUGAGGGGUCACAGCAACAGCAGCAGUCGCCACUGCAAGAACAAGCACAGACUUUACAGCAGCAGAUUUCAUCAAAUAUUUUUCCAUCACCAAAUAGUGUGAGUCAGCUACAGAAUACUAUUCAGCAGUUGCAAGCAGGAAGUUUUACAGGAAGUACUACUAGUGGCAGCAGUGGAAGUGUUGACUUGGUCCAACAAGUUUUAGAGGCACAACAACAGUUAUCUUCAGUUUUAUUUUCAGCUCCAGAUGGUAAUGAGAAUGUUCAAGAACAACUUAGUGCAGACAUUUUUCAACAAGUCAGUCAAAUUCAAAAUAGUGUAAGCCCUGGCAUGUUUUCCUCAACCGAGUCCGCAGUCCACACCAGACCAGAUAAUUUAAUACCUGGAAGAGCUGAAAGUGUUCAUCCACAGACUGAAAACACAUUGUCAAAUCAACAACAGCAACAACAGCAACAACAAGUGAUGGAAUCAUCAGCUGCAAUGGUUAUGGAGAUGCAGCAGAGUAUUUGCCAGGCAGCUGCCCAAAUUCAGUCAGAGUUAUUCCCUUCAACAGCUUCAGCAAAUGGAAACCUUCAACAGUCACCAGUUUACCAGCAGCCUUCUCAUAUGAUGAGUGCACUACCUACCAAUGAGGAUAUGCAAAUGCAAUGUGAAUUGUUUUCUUCGCCUCCUGCAGUUUCUGGAAAUGAAACAUCUACAACCACCACACAGCAGGUUGCAACCCCUGGCACUACCAUGUUUCAGACAUCAAGUUCAGGAGAUGGUGAAGAAACUGGAGCACAAACAAAACAGAUUCAGAACAGUGUCUUUCAGACCAUGGUCCAGAUGCAACAUAGCGGGGACAAUCAACCUCAAGUUAACCUUUUUUCAUCAACAAAAAGUAUGAUGAGUGUUCAGAAUAGUAGUACCCAGCAACAAGGUAAUGGUUUAUUCCAGCAAGGGAAUGAGAUGAUGUCACUUCAGUCUGGGAAUUUUCUGCAGCAGUCUUCUCAUUCACAGGCUCAACUUUUUCAUCCUCAGAAUCCUAUUGCUGAUGCUCAAAACCUUUCCCAGGAAACUCAAGGUUCUAUUUUUCAUAGUCCAAAUCCUAUUGUCCACAGUCAAACUUCUACAACUUCCUCUGAACAAAUGCAGUCUCCAAUGUUUCACUCUCAGAGUUCCAUCGCUGUGUUACAGGGUUCUUCAGUUGCACAAGACCAGCAGCCACCCAACAUAUUUCUUUCCCAAAGUUCUAUGAAUAAUCUUCAGUCUAACACAGUAUCCCAAGAAGAGCAGAUUUCAUUUUUUGCAGCACAGAACUCAAUUUCUCCACUUCAGUCAACAUCAAACACUGAACAGCAAGCUGCUUUCCAACAGCAGGCUUCAAUAUCACAUAUCCAGACCCCUAUGCUAUCCCAAGAACAGGCACAACCUUCCCAGCAAGGUUUAUUUCAGCCUCAGGUGUCCUUGGGCUCCCUUCCACCUAAUCCAAUGCCUCAAAAUCAACAAGGAGCAAUUUUCCAGUCACAACACUCAAUAGUUGCCAUGCAGAAUAACUCUUCAUCCCAGGAGCAGCAGCAGCAGCAGCAGCAGCAACAACAACAGCAACAGCAGCAGCAACAGCAGCAGAGCAUUUUAUUCAGUAAUCAGAAUACCAUGGCUACAAUAGCAUCUCAAAAGCAACCACCACCAAACAUGAUAUUCAGCCCAAAUCAAAAUCCAAUGGCUAGUCAAGAGCAACAGAGCCAGUCAAUUUUUCACCAACAAAGUAAUAUGGCCCCAAUGAAUCAAGAACAGCAACCCAUGCAAUUUCAGAAUCAGCCCACAGUUUCCUCACUUCAGAACCCAGGUCCUAACCAAUCUGAGUCAUCACAGACUUCCUUAUUCCAUAGCUCUCCUCAGAUUCAGUUGGUACAAGGGUCACCUAGUUCUCAAGAGCAGCAAGUAACACUCUUCCUCUCUCCAGCAUCCAUGUCUGCACUGCAGACCAGUAUAAACCAACAAGAAAUGCAACAGUCUCCUCUUUAUUCCCCUCAGAACAACAUGCCUGGAAUCCAAGGAGCCACAUCUUCACCUCAGUCACAAGCUACUUUAUUUCACAAUACUGCAGGAGGUACAAUGAACCAACUACAGAAUUCUCCUGGCUCAUCCCAGCAGACUUCAGGAAUGUUCCUGUUUGGCAUUCAGAAUAACUGUAGUCAGCUUUUAACCUCUGGACCAGCUACAUUGCCAGAUCAGUUGAUGGCCAUAAGUCAGCCAGGCCAACCACAAAACGAGGGACAGUCACCUGUGACAACACUUCUUUCUCAGCAAAUGCCAGAGAGUUCUCCGCUAGCAUCUUCUAUGAACACCAACCAGAACAUCGAAAAGAUUGAUUUGCUUGUUUCAUUACAAAACCAAGGGAACAACUUGACUGGCUCCUUUUAACUGGAUAUAAAUUCCAUGAAGAAUACCGUGAUUCCAAGAUGUCCUGCAAACUUGUAGUUUUAUGAAGAUUACUAAAACAAAACAAUAUGAAAAAUUGUACUUGAGUAAAUGGAUAGAUUUUACUCUGACUGCAAAAGAGCACACCUGUGCUACCUGUUGCAGUGAUUAGCCAUCAAUGUUAACAUCUUAUUUUUUAUUCCUGAUAACAAUGAUGACUGAGAAUCUAUUUGAGUUUCCAGCUGACAGAAUUGUUAUUUUCCUAGUUGUAAUUUCUCUUAAAAGAGUACAAUUUAAAUUUAAGACUGGACCACUCAGUUAUUAUUGCUAUUAGGAAAUAAUAAUUGUCAUGUUUACUUUUAUUCUUCAUUAUUUUCUUUCCUGCAUUAUUUUAGUCAAGUAAUGGCUUAUAAAAAAGUAAAAUUCAAUAAUAAUAAAAGGCUGUGAUUUUUUUCACUAUGAAAAGCACAGCUGUUGGCCAAAGUGAAGAAAUCUUUUUCAGUUUUUAUGGAGAAACUGAAGGGAUAACAUUCUGACAAGUGAGCUGAAAUAAAAAUUCUACAGACUUGAUUAAAUGCAAAGGCAGAUAACACACAAAAAUGGAGACAGCUGGAAUGCUAUUGGUUUUAUUUUUCAAAGAGUUGUUAGUUCUCUGUGUUUCCACUAAGGGGUUUAGCCAUAACUGUAUAGAAAAAUCAUUAUUUUGCUCUGUGAGAAAUGAAGGGGGUAAUACAUGGUAAAUUAUAGUCUAAUAUCCUCCUACAGGAGUUUAAACUGACAGAGUCAUCUGAGUCUGUUUCUUCUUAAUCCAGUCUUUGGCUGGUAUUUCCUUUUUAUAUGCAUCUGUAUUAUUUUCCACCCUAUUUUUCACUUUAUUUUAGAUAACUGUUAAUACACUACUGGCUUUGUGACCCUGUAGCAACUUAAAGGAAAAGGCCAUUUUGAUUCAGGGUGACCUAGCAAUCCUGCAGCACAGGGCAAGGAGUCCUCUUUUAGGAAUUAUUGGAAGUUGAUUCCUGAGAAAACAAUGUAUUUUUUUUUCCAUGAACGGUGCUGUUCUGAAGUCUUUAAAAUUUUCCUUCUAAUAGAAAACAGAAUAAAUUUUCAUUUACAAAAAAAAAAAAGGCAAACUAAAAUUUCUUGAAACGUUACUUCUCCCUGAGCUGCAGUGAGUAUAAUUCACUUGUCACCUCAGUGCUUUAUAGUUUGAAAUGGUCACUUACCUGAUGGUUCCCACAAGCCUUAGGCUUUACAGGGUCAUAUCGUUGACUUAAAGUGAAGAAUUAACUUGUGUUACAUCUAUAAAGAGCAAAAUAACACACUCCAGAACUUGCAGUUGUAGCAUUAGUUACACAGUUUUGGGUGUUCUUGCCACCCAUGGGAUGCCUGCUUCUACCACCUGUGUCUGGACACGUGCUUAUGUCUCAUCUUCCUUUUGGCUUGUGGAAAGCUGUCAAUGCAGUGUAAGGCCAACGUGUGUGUGGCUUCUGUGUGUUGAUAUCCUUGUCCCUUUCUUUUAAGUGUAAAAAAAAAAAAAUAGCCUGUUAAUUGUUGUUAAAGGCUACUUUUCUGUUCUUUUUCUAUCCUAUAUAUUUAGUUGGACUGUGGAAUCAUGGUGUUUGGUUUUGUUUAUACAGCCAAAUAUAACCCCUUUUCAUGAUGGUCUUUUGUUCUUUGAAUGUGCUCUUCUAAUUUGUUUUUUUCUGUUAUUGUCGUAUGUUCUUUCUUCCACCCUAAACCCUUUCUUUCUCUUCUCUUCUCUCUCUGAUUGAGAGGCAUUGAAUUACGUUUUCAGUAGUACAGGCUUCUUGCCGAUAUGAAGGGAACUUUUCAGAAAGAGACCUACUCUGGGUCAUUUAAUUUUGAAUACAGUUUUCAAUCGUUCAAGUUUUGGAUGGUUUAUAUCUAAUGUGUGUUUCAUUUUUUUGGAAAGCUAUAUUUUGUAUUUAGGAAAUGGUAUACUAUUUUGCUAUUUGUACUGAGUGAGUACAUUGGCAUAAAUAUAGAAAUUUAUAUAUAUACAUAUAUAUAAACUAUUCUUUUUUUGCCACACAUUUUUGUGGUAAAUUUGUGAGUUUGUCUGAUGUUCUACCACAACGUGGCGUCUGAUAACAGUGAGGGGGGGUGGGUUUGUUAUGUCUUUAUUGAGAUAUUUAAGUACCUUUUGAAACAAAUGACCUGUUCAUCUGUAGCCAUUCCAUCAGGCAGUUCCUUGAUGUUAUUAGUGGGCUAAAGGCAGCUAGCUUACUGUGUGUUUGCUGGAUCUCAGCAAAAUGUUAAAGAGUAAGGAAACCUAUUGAGGCAGUUGUGUCAAAUGGUGUUUCAUAAGAAUGAGCCAUUCAGUCUUUGCUCACUAUAUAUUUAAUAUUUUAUUAUUGUUGUUAUUGUUAUUAUUAAUUGGCUUUCUGUAUUCUAUGCCUUUUAUUUAUAAAAACACUAAAAAAAUUAUGUUUGUAAUUUUAAUAACAUUUUCCCCCAUCUUGUAAUAUCCAGAGCUACUUUAUAAAUUCUCUGAACCAAAAGUAUUUUCCUCAAUAUAUCUCUUUUCCCCAGGUCCCUAUCAGGAGUGAAUCACCAAAUAUAGUUCAGGUUGUGAGAAGGAUCAACCACACAAUCCAGUGCUUGUUUUAAAAUGUAAAACUCUAACCCUAGAGAAUAAUGUCAGAGAAAACAAACCCAGAGGUAUUAAAAGAAUAAAUAGAAAAAUAGUAGUAGUAGAAAUUUUUUAAAAAUGUUUACUUCUCAAUAUUGUUUUUUUUUUUUUCUGAUAUCAUAUAGGAGACUUAGGAAGUCUAUUUGUUCACCAAGUUCCCAUUAGAAUGUUGUUAAUACUAUACCAUGGCUAAAGUAGUGGCAAGAAGACUGGCUUGUGUGGUGACUUCAGUCUGUUCUGUGGUUUAGCAAGGGGUUUUAUUCUUAUGCUGAUUGGCAAUGCCAAGUCACUGGGACCAAUUUUCUGUUUUGUAAUAUCUAAGUUUAGAACAGAACAUAAACCUGAACUGUAGUGGUUUGAUUGGAUGAAGGCAGAAACCCCAAUUUUUAUUCUCAUAAAUCUUGUGGUUAUUUAUACAAGGGCUGUGCUAUGCUACCAUAUUCUUAAUCAAUAAUGAUAGUUUUGUUUUGUUUUUUACAUUGUUAAAUGUUCCUUACCCCGAAAGGUCAAUGUUAAGUACAACAUUCUGAAUAUAUGAUUUGGUUACAAAGAGUAUUUGUCUUUAUUGAAGAGUAAGCUCAGUGGUUGAUAUGUGUGCUAAUUACUGUUUCCAAAUUACUGUUACAAAUUAGAGCUACACAUGAGGGAGACUCAGUAAGCCAGCUAAGACCUUGGAAACAACAAUUUAUUAAAUUUAUUUAUGGCAGAAGGACCUAAAUAAACUGUGAACCACAUUU